AUGCAGGUGGAACAAGCGCUGUACGCGGGCAGUUCAAUGCCAAAUAAUUUGCAGAAUUACCACAACACAUGCCUUAAAAAUAAGGUCAUUCUGCCGCACGAAGGCAUCUUCAUCGUACCGGAGCCCAUUAAUAUUACGUGCUCGGGAGUCAGGAAGCGGCCAAACUUGCCGGAUUUCGUUUGGGACAGCGCUGUGUCAUGUGAUACGGCAGAGCAACAGGCCUGGGAGGAGGAUCCCCGGAAAGCCCGCCUUUAUGCAAAGAAGUACAAUGAUGAAAGAUUGGAUUGGGCGCUCAAGCUUCUACCGCGUCGUCGACACAUAUUCAUCCUACCCCCUAAGGUGCCAUGCGAAUGGGACGGCUUUGCGGAUUUAAUGUGCACCUCUUACGUUUGUUCUUCGUAA